GCCGCUUUAAUGGUUACCUUUUUCCUCGCGCAAGGUAAUACCAAUUACGUUAUCAGUAAGAGUCGGGUUUCCAUGGAUAUAGCAACAAUCAGAAAACCAGUAACCAGUCGAGCGGUUUCUGCACGAGAGAGAACAUAUCCAAUACAUUACACGGCGAGGAGAUGUUAGGUUUUUUUUUAUCCGCUAACAAUCGUGUAGUUUUUCCCAUGUCGCUCAUUUUGUAAUAAUAUAUGUUAAUAGAUCUCCAUCUCCGCGUUGGGACUGGUUUUUUAAUAAUGCGAACAGUAGUGUCUAGCGAACGCCGAAAGUGUUGUGCAUGCGGAAUUAAAAGACAAUUAAAAAAUACGAGCAUAUAAAUAAAAUGCGAGGAAAGUGGAACAGCAACGACCUGGCCAGCAAUCGCCAUUCGACCAUUCCAAGGAUCGGGGAAACCGGCAACCUCAAGCUCAAACACCUCCAGCACUCGCCCUCCCUGAAAGCCCUCAAGACCUACAAUGACCUGGCCGUCGAAGGGAACUUCCACUCGGACAUCGACCUGCGCCUCUACACCCCCAGGAAGUACGACGUCGGCAGCGUGUCGUCCAUGUCGCUCAACAGCGACGUCAAAUCGAACGAUCACAACGUCUACGAGUGCAUCAGGAGCGGCGCCGCCUCCGCCGCCUCCGCCAACACCUCGGAGAUGGGCUCCACCCUCAAACUGGUGCCCUCCAAAGCCCGCGAGUCGUGCCAAACAGUACUCUACUAUAUAUCGACGGCGCUGUGCACCGUAUCGAUGGCCCUAGGUUUAGGAAAUUUGUACAGAUUGCCGCAAACGACGAUGAUACGGGGCGGCCUGCCCUUUCUUAUAGCCCAUCUAAUACUGACGAUAUUCAUCGGCUUGCCGUUGCUGUUUCUCGAAUUGGGAAUCGGCCAGAUGGCGCAAGAGGGCUUCAUCAAAUCGUGGCGGAUCAUACCUUUUUUCAGAGGAAUCGGUUAUGUGAAGUUUUUAGCCGGAUAUAUGUUAAGUAUUUAUUAUCCUCUCUAUAUGAGCAUAUCACUCUACUAUGUUAUAUGGAUAUGGAAAGGAUCCAUACCGUUCCAGGAAUGCUCUACGGGCGUAAAAAUAACGGAGGCUGGUUACUCACAUUAUGGAAAAACUGGCCAAGAAUGCUUAAGGUCGACGUUCCUGAAAUCGGCCUUCGAGGACCCGUCCUGGUACGGAAUAUUCGUGGCGAUUCUACUAGUCAUCUGGACGCUUUCAGCUUUUCUCACCAUCGGCAAGACGAAAAGCUACGUAAGAUCGUUAACCCUGCUCUGCUUCCCCACGUUGGCCUGCCAUGUCGCGCUCUUCGUCAAAUCCAUGUUGCUGCAAACCGAUCUGGUGAAAUUCUUCACCGACGCCGAUUGGAAUUAUCUAACGUCUGCCAACGUAUGGUAUUAUGCGAGCAUACAAAUCUUCUUCUCGUCCACAGUGGGAUUCGGAUCCUUCGUAACGAACGCUGGAUUCCUUUACAAUAAAGUAAAUCCCUUUUGGACUGCCUUGGGGUAUUGCGGGAUCAACGUGCUCUUCGGAUUAGGCUCUACGAUCGUAUCCCAAUCGCUAUCGAAUCACGCCAGCGCGAAUUUCUCUUCAAACAGAGGCGAUAUAGGCGAAUUAUUUCUGGUUUCGCUCGUUUACGAUAUAGGAAGUACCAGAACCGAUUCGGAUAAAAAGAUAUGGAUCAUAUUGAUAUUCGCCUUGUUCAUACUAUCCGGAUUCAUUAGUAUGGCGACUUUAACUUAUACUUUGUUAAAGGCCAUUACAGUGGGAACGAAAGCCAGAUUGAAAUGGUGGCAGGCCAGUAUAAUUCUGUGCGUUUCCGGGUUCGUUUUUGGAUGCGCGGUGUUAUUGGUAACCGAUUUCGACGUCGUUCAUCUAUUAGAUCAUUAUAUUGUAGGAAAUUUAAUACUCAUCACGUCUAUAUUGGAGGUUUUAACGAUACUAGCAUUUUACGGAGUGGAGAGGAUAAAAUCCGACUUCGAGUUCAUGCUCGGUCACAUUUUAUCGAAGAUUUGGCUGGUAUUGUGGUGGUUGGCGCCGAUUAUUUUAACGCUAAUCUUCGCCUGGGGCAUGAUAGUUUUGCCGCUCGAAGGCGUAUUCAAAGACGACCCUCCAUGGUUAUAUGGCGUCGGUUGGGGAGUCGUCCUAACUUCUAGUCUAUUAAUAUUUAUAAUAGGUCUCUUUGUCGUUACCAAACACGACGGAUACACCUUCAUAGAGAGGUUCAAGUCAUCGUUGAAACCUUCGAAUAAUUGGGGACCCAAAGAUCCGAUAUCCCGACAUAACUGGAUCCAGUGGAACACGAAAGCGAAAUCGGGCGAAAGGGACUUCACUUUGAAGCGAAAAGGAACGAAAGAUUACACGAAAUCCAUCAAAAAGAACAAGAAAAUUCUAACGGCUACCAAUUCGCCGCAAGGCCCUCGAGGAAUGUACAAAGAAACCUCCGACAAGGAUACCGUUUACAACAACAACAACGAAUUGCGAGGCGCUCCCAAAUCCAACAAUCACAAGAACGACGCGGAAAACGGGAAGUUCCACUUGAUAUCUCUAACGGACACUUUAAAUCACAACCACCAAUACAAAGAGCGACCCCAAACGCAAAACCCCCUAGCCCGAAGGGAGAUCGUUUUAGACGAAUACGGAACGUUCAGGAACGGUAAAGGACCGUACGUCAUACCGACCGAUACACCGGACCACGUGUGUUUUAGAAAAAUCAGCGAAGACGCCACAGAACUGUAAAUCUACUUUUUUUAUAAUAAAAUUUAUUUUGUUAGUAUAA